AACAUCAUGACGAACAAAGAGACUGAGGGUGAGACUACUAGUACUAAUACCAUGGCCUCGGAUAGCGAAGAUGAUGAGCUGCUCAAGCCCAUUGUGUCUGCAGUGUCUCCUCCCAAACCCCGUCGUCGUACCUUUGGAUCUGCCAAACCCAAGACACCACCUGCUACCACCGAAGAGGAUGACUUAUUAUUGGAUGAGCCCAUGCUUCCCGCCGCUUCCAUUAGCCAUGAUCAACCGUCCAAGGCUGCCUGGGAUUUAGACGAUGAUGAAGAAGACGAUAAUGACUUGAUGUUGCCAGCUUCUCAAGAAAGUCAAGAAAAUGACGAGAAGGAAAAUGACAACAAUGACGAACAUGACGACAAAUCAGUUAGUGCAGCAGACAUCAUUGCCGAGAGCAAGGACAGUGCGGAUGUGAGCAAGGACACGGAUACAGAGGAUCAAGAAGAAGAGGAUAACGAUAAGGAGCCCAGUCCCAAGAAGGAUGCAAGGCGAAGCAGUCCCAGGCUCAAGAAAUCCAACAAUGAUGAUGAUGACGAACAGGAAAUAGAAAAGACUUCACCCUGCAAAACUCCGAAAAAGCACAGCAAGUCUCCCAAGAAGAAGCACAACAACAGCUGGGAUAGCGAUAGUGACGACGAUGAUGAUGAUGAUGAUGCCAGUCAGACCAGUAACAAACGGCGUCCCAGCCCAAGGAUCCAGAAAAACAAACAAGACAAUGACGAGACCACCAACAAUAAAGACAAGGAAGAGUCCACCGAGUCCAAGGACGAAUCCAACAAGGGCAAGAAAAAGAAGCAGCCAGCUCGCAAGGAACUGCUUCGUGCCACCGACAAGCUCUUUGCACAAGUGGAAGACAGAACUAAGAUGACAACUGGAAUGAUUCGAAAAGACUUGGAGGAAGAGUUUGGAGUCAAGCUUAGCGCUGCCAACUACAAGGUUGUCAAGGCACACUUGACGGAUUUGAUCAACCGAGAAGAAAAACAGUCGGAAGAUGACGAGAAUAGCGAUAGUAGCAGCAGUGAAGAGGAGGAGGAAGAAGAAGCCGAACAAGAAGAGGAGCCAUCCUCCGAGUAUGAGGAUGAUGACGCCAAACCCAAGCGCCGCCGUGCACCCAAGAAAAAGAAGAAAGCUUCUAUCAAGGACAAGGACAAACCCAGCAAGAGUCGCCGCAGAUCCGCUCGCAAGUCGGCCAAGAGCAAAAAGACGGCAGAAAUGCAUGCAGCGGCGGAGAAACUACGACAAAAGCGAAUGCAGGAGCUAAGGGUGCGCAAUGAAGAAUUGCAACUCGAGCAAAGCAAGGAAGACCAACAACGAGCCGAACUCAUUGCCGCCAAGUUUGAAACCAACACGGAUGAAUUGCGUUGGCAGAGGCUCGAAGAUCGGAUGGAUCUACUGCAGAAAUUGGAUCAGAAGCGAAUUCAAAUCAUUGAAGUGGAGGACAUGCCUGAAAGGCAGCAUGCCAAGAUUGUCAAGGAGGAGGAAACCAAGAAAAAGGCGCUCGUUAAGGAAGAAGUGGAGAGCGAAUCUUCCGAUGAUGAUAUGGAGUUGGAAAUCGAAGGAGUAGAAGACAACAAGAAGCGCCUGUUCCCCUCUGUUGCCAAAUCUACGACUCUGGCGGUCCUAGACAUGGCCGACAAGGCAUCGCCAUUUGCCAAGCAGGGACAAAACACCAAGAAGAGCUUCCUUGCGAGCCUGCGACGUAACGGCAACAAGAACGAUACCCAGCUAUCUCCUACGCGCAGUGUUAACGCCAGAGCUGCUCUUCGAAACAAACUGCUGCAGAAGCAACGCAAGAUGGGGAACAUGUGGCUUGCACGGGAACUUGGCUACAAGAACGAAACUGAUCACUUGAAGGAUUGUAUCCAAGCUGAGAAGAAGAAGCGCGACAUGGUGUUGCGGCGAGAAGCAGAGCGGCUGGCUGCCAAUGAACGCACCCAAAUGCGUGAACGUUUGCGUGCGCAGGCUGUGGAGGAAGAUGGUGGCGAUGAUGACGACGACGAGGAACAAGAGCUUGAGGUUGAUGCUCCCACUCCAAACGAUGAUGACGAAGACGACGAGGAAGUUGAUGAUGAAGAGCUGAUGCUUGCCAAGCAACUGGAGAAAGAGCAGGCAGAGGAGAACGAAGACUCUGAUUUGGCAAUAGCUCACGAAAGCACCAAAGACUCAACAAUGACAUCAAAAACGGAUGAAUCGGGCCAGAACAGGUCUGAUGGUGAGAACACGGAACUCGCCCAAUCUACAAACGAUAAGGAUGGAGAAACUCCACGUGAACAAGCCAAGAAGUCUUCUCAAGCUGCUACGAACCCUUCUCCAAACGAACCAAGUGCCGAAGCAGCAAAGAACACGUCCGACCAGGUCGACGCAUCAACCCAGCAUGACUGUUUUCCUGAUGCCCAAACGGAUGAAUUGCCAGAUGUGCCAAUCGAUUCACAACCAGGAGCGGACAACAAUGGAAAGUCCCUUAUUCAGCAACUUGUGGAAGACGUGGAUUCACAGCCGCUUGAUACGCAACCAACGUCCACACGUGGAACUGAUGAAUCCGAGACACUGGCUAAGGGAUCAGGGAAGGACGACACGAACGCUGGCGACGAGACACAACAAUUUGACACACAAGCUGAAGCCCAGCCUGAGUCUGCAACCAUGGAGGAGGACAAAGAACCCGAUGAUGAGACAGACACACAGUUCUUUGAUGCGCAAGCGUUCGACACUCAGGCUCCUGUUUUUCAGCAGAAAGCCGAUGCCAAGAACAAUUCACAACCAGAUAAGCCUCUCGAUUCGUCCCUUGAGAGUGAAGAGUCCCCUGCUGAUAAAGACAGAGCAGACAUUGCUGACACGGAUGAUGAAGCAGAUCCCGAACACGACAUGGAGAGCGCGAAAGAAGAGACAACCAAUGAAACGAAGAAAGACCGUAACGCUGGUUGGAAGGCAAUGCUGGAGAGGGAGGCAAAGAAAGAAAAGCAGAAGAAGCGACGAAAUGACUUCCUAGAGACGGAAGCCGAUGAAGAAGAGGAGGAAGAAGUGGCAGGACUUGAAGACUUUGGUUUCUCUCUGCACAAAAAGAAGGCAGCGGACGACGAAGACGCGGCUGAUGCAGAAUUCACGGCCGAUGACCUGAAGCAUGUCGUCGAUGACCUUUCAGACGAUGAAGGAGACGAGGAAAAGGGCGACAACGCGAGGCGACUAAUGCAUCAGAAAGAAGAGAAGGAACGUCACAAGGAAAUGUUGCGAAGGAUGAGAGAAGGUUACGACGGGCGACGAGGAGGUAUCACAGGUGGCGGCGUGGGUGCUCGUGGGAUCCAUCGAUUUGACCAACUGGUUGCUGCCGACAACCGUGAAGGGGCCAAAGAGCUGGGUCUCCUCAACGAGGACGAACUUGAAAGCGACGAAGAAGGCAAACCAGCAGAUGACGCUGAAGAGGAAGACGAAACAGCUCUACUUGACAAGAUGCUCAAAGAUCGUUUCUUGCACAGGAGUUCUGCGGAGCUGGAGGAAAACUUUUCCGAAGACGAGGAUGAGGAAGAAAACGACGAAGAAGUGAAGAAAGAGGAGGACGGCGAAGACGAGAAGGAACAAGAACGUCUUGCAAAACGCUUCGCCAAACGGGCAAGGAUGCAGCGCUUGAUGGAUGAAUUUGGGGACAAUGAAGAAUUCACGGACUCCCGCUUAAUCGAGGAAGACUCCAACAUGAAGGAGGAGCUCAGUCAGAUGAAGAACGGCCUUGCUCGUAAACGCAGCAUCAGUUCGGCUUCCCGGUCAUCGUCGACAGGAACCUCCAAUAGCGGCAUCUCCAAAGAACCACCAAGCGCAAAGCGUCAAAAGACAGCACCUGCGUUUGGAGGCAGAUUUCUUGCCAAAAAGGGAAGCCUGUCCCUUGCAUUGCAAUCAGGCCGACAGCGUACGAAACGAGUGGGGCGGACCAGCUUCCUUGGCAACAGUCAAACUUCCUCAAUUUCUCAGGACACGGGCAUCUCCUCCAAGAGCAUAUCGUUCAGCCACGUGGUCUUUCAAACUUGUGGUGCUAGUCAGCUCUCUCGUGGAGGAGACUCUCAGCAGAGUGCCUCCCUUUCGAGCAACCUUGGAAGUUCCAACUUGAAGCUCGGAGGAAGAAGACCUCCAACAGCAUCUAAAACGUCCAGUCUUUGGUCCAAGGUGACCGCAGGCGGCGGUCAGAAGAGGCGCUAACCUUCUGAUAUUGUUCAAUGACAAGAAAUGGGGAGAAAAAUUAUAGUUUUGGAACCUGGAGCGAGUAAUUAGUGCUUUUCAAUCAUUUAGUG